CACAUCACACAAGCAAUCAUGGAUGGUAAAACUGUCGGUAUCUUAGGAGGUGGUCAAUUGGGUCGUAUGAUCGUUGAGGCCGCCCAUAGACUUAACAUCAAGACUGUUAUUUUAGAUGCACCCGAUUCUCCAGCUAUGCAAAUCAACGCUUUGGAUGAGCAUGUUGCGGGCUCUUUUAAGGAGUAUGAAUCCAUUUUGAAAUUGGCUGAAAAGGCUGACGUCUUAACUGUUGAAAUUGAACAUGUGGACGUCGAAGCUUUAAAGAAAGUCAAGGAAAAGUUUCCCAAGAUUGAAAUUUACCCACUUCCGGAAACCAUCAAAUUGAUUCAAGAUAAAUAUGUGCAAAAAGAACACUUGAUUAAACAUGGCAUUGCCGUGACUGAAUCUGUUGCUGUGGAAUCCAACACUGAAGAAGCCUUGUUGAAAAUCGGUGAGGAAUACGGAUAUCCUUUCAUGUUGAAGUCUAGAACAUUGGCUUAUGAUGGAAGAGGUAACUUUGUCGUCAAGGACAAAUCUUAUUGUAAGCAAGCUUUGGAAUUCUUAAAGGACCGCCCAUUGUACGCUGAAAAAUGGUGUCCAUUUACUUUGGAGUUGGCAGUCAUGGUGGUUAGAUCGAUUCAAGGUGAAGUUUUUGCCUAUCCAACUGUCGAAACUAUUCACAAGAAUAACAUUUGUCACUUGGUUCAUGCUCCAGCUAGAGUCCCAGACACUGUUGCCACCAAGGCUUCGAUUGCUGCCAAGAAUGCUGUCAAGUCUUUCCCAGGUUGCGGUAUCUUCGGGGUCGAAAUGUUCUUAUUGCCAGAUGGUGAAAUUUUAGUUAAUGAAAUUGCCCCAAGACCUCACAAUUCUGGUCACUACACAAUUGAUGCCUGUGUAACUUCUCAAUUUGAAGCCCACGUCCGGGCUGUAACUGGGUUACCUAUGCCGCAAGGCUUUACCGAAUUUUCAACUACAACUACAAAUGCAAUCAUGUUGAAUAUUUUAGGUGAUAAGGAAACUGCCAACAAAGAAUUAGAAAUCUGUCGUCGUGCCUUGGAAACUCCGCAUGCUUCAGUAUACCUUUAUGGUAAGACCACUAGACCAGAGAGAAAGAUGGGUCACAUUAAUAUUGUUUCGUCUUCGAUGUCCGAUGCUGAUAGUAGAUUAUCUUAUAUAUUAGGUGAAACUACUGAAAUCCCUGAAUCCAUCCAAUCUAAGGAACAACCUUUGGUGGGUAUAAUAAUGGGAUCUGACUCUGAUUUGCCAGUCAUGGCUGUCGGAGCCCGUAUCUUGAAACAAUUUGGUGUUCCAUUUGAAUUAACAAUUGUAAGUGCCCAUAGAACCCCACAUAGAAUGGCACAGUAUGCAAUUGAAGCUCCACAAAGAGGCUUGAAAUGUAUUAUUGCUGGUGCCGGUGGUGCUGCCCAUUUGCCAGGUAUGGUUGCAGCCAUGACUCCAUUGCCAGUUAUUGGUGUUCCAGUCAAGGGUUCUACGUUAGAUGGUGUCGAUUCUUUACACUCAAUUGUUCAAAUGCCAAGAGGUAUUCCCGUUGCCACCGUUGCGAUUAACAACAGUACCAAUGCUGCCUUGUUGGCUAUUAGAAUUUUGGGCGCUGUUGAUUCAAAAUGGUUAACCAAAAUGAGUCAAUACAUGUUGAACAUGGAGAAUGAAGUCUUGGGUAAAGCCGAAACUUUAGAAGACAUUGGGUAUGAAGACUAUUUAGUUGAGAAGUUAAAAAAGUGAUUAAAACUUGUACUCCUUUUAUAAAUGAAUAUAUUGAAUGCAAUAAUGUUAAUAUUUAUCUGUAAAGAACUAAAAUAACAACCUUUCUUUUAAAUAAGUAUCAAAAACAAAACAUUUGACCUCGAGACUUGAACUAAUAUACACUGGAUUAAUUGAAUUAAUGCAAAAAUUGAAGAUAUAAUAUGACAAUGCAAUUUAAAACUUGAGGGACUUACCCUUCUUUUUGAGCUGUCUUUGUUUGUAGAUUUGUUUUCUUGAGUCCCUCCAACCAGAAGUGCUAACCUUCUUCUCGGAUUUCUCUUCAUCAACCUCCAUGGUUGGUUCUACUGGAGCUUCAUCCUCGGUGGUCUCCUUCUUGGCUUCAUCCUGUUUCUUAGUUUCUUGUUCUAAUUUCUUAGCGAUUCUAGUGUUUCUUGAAUCGACAAACUUGGUGAAUUCACCUUUACGUUUAACCGAUUUAGCUCUUAACUUGGAUUUGGAUCUUAAUGAUUUGGCCAUUGUGUAUUAUUCUAUUAUCUUGUCUAU